CGUGCUUUUGCGCGUGGUAGCUGUGCUGGAGCGCUCGCGGGCGCGUGGUUUAGAAUUAAUUUUACGUUCGUGAGGUUAGUUCGACUGCGAGCAUGCGCCAUGUCAGGGCAGGUAGAAGAGGCUCGAUGAUCCCAUGCGAAGAAAGCACGACGCUUAGCUCAGGCGAUGCGCUGAGAAGUAUGGGAGAUGCCGAGCUACCGCAGGGCGAAAACACCGACGCCAUGAAUCCGACCAAUAUCCUGGCGGCCUCGGAUCCCAUGAUGACGAAGCAUUGCGGAUCCGGCCACUGUCUUUCUGUUUGCAAGGUCGUCUUGGAUGGCCAGCUGUUAUGAAAAGCAGAAGUGUCAGCACCAUGGCGAAAAUUCUCAGUCAAUGCAAUAACAUCGAAUAAAAAGGACUCUGUCAAGAAGGCCAGUGUCUGUAUGUGCUCCGUUCGGCAGUUGAGCGACACCGUUGGAGAGCAGGUGCACUUUUCAAAGCAGCUCCUGAGCCUCCGCGGUGGCAUGCUCUUCUGCACGGUGGGUAUCCUGCUGCGCCACUUGCAGCACAACAGCAACCUGCUGGGAAUCUCUCACGGGAUUGUUGAGGAGCUGCACGAGCGCGACGUUCGCACAGACUUCCUACUGGCUCUCCUAUGUGGGCUGCUCUUCAAAAACGCCACUCUCAAGGUGAUUCUCAUGAAUGCAACUGUCACUGAAAAGUUCUCCAAGUACUUCCACGACGCCCCCAUCAUCAGGAUUUCAGGAAGAACGCAUCCAAUCACCCAGGUCUUUCUGGAAGACCUCAUUGCAGAGAAAAUCAUUACCAAAGCUUCGUUAGAAAAGAGCCGUGACGACCCGGUCAAAAUAGUGCCCGACGUUUUGGUGUACCUCAUGGAGAUAAGCCCAGCUGGAACGAGAUUAACGUGCAGGCUUGCGGUGCAAGCGAGCGCCAGCCAAGUUUCACGAAUGGAUUUUGCCCCUCCACUCCCGUCUCGAUUACCAAGGGCAGCAAAAGAUCUUUGCAAGUCCUCCAC